AAAAAAAAAGUCUAAAGCACCGAAGAUCAAGGGGACCAAAAACGUCUUUUUUUACCAAUGAAACACUUGAAGAAAUGAGAAAUCUUUCUUCUCUCUCUUUCAGAUUCAAGCAAAGUAUCAGUUUUCUUCUCUCUCUCUCUCUCUUACAAAACAUAACACAGAACAGAACUGAACCUCCAAACUCAUUAAAAACAUUUUUUUUUUUAUCUAACUCUCCCUCUUUCUCUCUCUAAAAACUCUCUUUUUUUUUUUUUCUUUAUUGAUCUACUUUCAGAUCAUUUUUUAUUUGACUUUCCCAAAUUUCUUGUUAAAAACCUCUCAAAUUUCACUCUUUUACUUAGUUCCAAGAUAAUUUCUUUUUAAUUUUUUUUUUGGCUGAAUCUUGGAACAUCCUCAAUCAAAGUCAAAGCACUAAAAGGAUUUAUCAGCUUGAUCAUGCAUGUUAAAGUUGCUUGAUUUAUGGGUAGUUAACUAUUUAUUGUUUGGUUGUUGAUUUAGAGAAAGACCCCGAUUAGAAUAUGUCGGGAAAUGAGGUUUAGAUUUAAGAAAUGGGGUGUGUUUUGGGAAGAGAGGUAUCUUCAGGGAUUGUUUCAGAGUCUAGAGAGAGUAAAAAUGGUAGCUUUGAAUCCAAUAGGAAAAUAGAAAAUGUUACAGUUUCAAAGACUGAUGAUGGUGUUGUAGAGGUUGAAAAUGAGGGUACCCAAAAGGAGGAAAAAGCUGAUGGGGAAAGAAAACAAAGGGGGGAAAGGAGAAGGUCAAAACCAAACCCCAGGUUGAGUAACCUACCAAAGCAUUUGCGUGGAGAGCAGGUGGCAGCUGGAUGGCCUUCGUGGCUCUCAGAUGCCUGUGGGGAGGCGCUUAAUGGGUGGAUUCCACGGAGGGCUGACACAUUUCAGAAGAUUGAUAAGAUUGGCUCAGGAACAUAUAGCAACGUGUACAAAGCUAAAGAUAUGGUAACUGAUAAAAUUGUUGCACUAAAGAAGGUUCGGUUUGAUAAUCUCGAACCUGAGAGUGUGAAAUUCAUGGCUAGAGAGAUUCUCAUAUUGCGGAGGUUGGAUCAUCCCAAUGUUGUAAAAUUGGAAGGUUUAGUUACUUCAAGGAUGUCGUGUAGUUUGUAUUUGUUACUUCAGUACAUGGAGCAUGAUUUGGCUGGGCUUGCGGCAAGCCCAAUAGUAAAGUUUACAGAGCCACAGAUUAAAUGUUACAUGCAUCAACUACUCUCUGGCCUUGAGCACUGCCACAACCGUGGAGUGCUUCACCGUGAUAUUAAGGGGUCAAAUCUUCUUAUUGAUGAUGAGGGAGUACUUAAGAUUGCUGAUUUUGGACUGGCCACAUUCUUUGAUCCGAACCACAAGCAUCCCAUGACUAGUCGGGUGGUUACUCUGUGGUAUCGAGCCCCUGAGCUUCUUCUUGGGGCUACAGAUUAUGGUGUUGGUAUCGACCUUUGGAGCGCUGGGUGCAUUUUAGCUGAACUCUUGGCUGGGAAGCCCAUUUUGCCUGGUCGAACGGAGGUAGAGCAACUACAUAAAAUAUACAAGUUAUGUGGGUCGCCAUCAGAUGAAUACUGGAAAAAGUCAAAGUUGCCAAAUGGAACCAUAUUUAAACCUCGAGAGCCUUAUAAAAGAUGCAUAAAAGAAACAUUUAAAGAUUUUCCACCAUCAUCACUGCCCCUUAUUGACACUCUACUUGCAAUUGAUCCAGCAGAACGUCUGACUGCCACUGCUGCAUUAAGCAGUGAAUUCUUCACAACAGAACCUUACGCAUGUGAACCUUCUAGCCUCCCAAAAUAUCCGCCCAGUAAAGAGAUGGAUGCAAAGCGACGAGAUGAUGAAGCACGGAGAAUCAAAGCUGCUAAUAAAGCCCAGGGUGAUGGUGCAAGGAAGACACGGACACGUGAUCGUGCAAGGGCAAUUCCUGCUCCAGAAGCCAAUGCUGAGCUUCAGUCUAAUCUUGAUCAGAGAAGGCGCUUAAUAACCCAUGCAAAUGCAAAGAGCAAAAGUGAAAAGUUCCCACCACCACACCAGGAUGGAGCACUUGGGUAUCCUUUAGGAGCAUCGCAUCACAUUGAUCCUGCCUUUGUUCCUCCUGAUGUCCCCUUCAGCACAACAUCAUUCACUUAUUCAAAACAACCAAUUCAAACUCGGUCAGGUCCAUUGGCCGACUCUGGAAGCAUAGGUGCUCCAAGGCGAAAGAAGCAUGUUGCAGGCAGUUCACACGAACCAUCUAAACCUCCAACAGGAUCCCAAAAAGAACGAAGUGAUGACACCCGGGUUAAAGGAAAGAAAAGCAUACUUUAAACACUCAGUCCAUACAUAAGAAAGAGAUUUACAAAAGCAGUUCAUUCCGUUUGCUAACAGUGUCACGGAGUCUUACUGCUACACGAUGCAAGUAUAAUUAAUAGGUUCUUGUUUGUUUUCUCAUAGAAGCAUGUAUUGUUUUGUUAAGAAUGUAUCCAAUUUUCUAUAUAUUUUUUUCCUUUUACCUUUUUAUUCUUUUUACCCCCAAAGAAGCUCUUCAAUUGUUGGGAUCCUGAGGAUAAGUUUCCACUGUUAUGUAUAUUUUUAUAUCUCAGUUCUUAAAGUUCUGUGUUCCAAACUUUAGAUUAAUGGAGACUGAAGAACAUAAGAAAAAAAAAUCUAAUAAAUGCUUCCAAAUCCCGUUCUUCUUUU